ACACACACACACACACACGCACACACACACACAGACAUUAACUUUUGGAUUUGAUUUUGAAGAAUGAAUGAACAUGGCUUGUUAUUGUGCGUCUCCUCAGACUGUGUGUGACUGUGUGAGAGGAACCAGGGCCCUGAGACCUGAGGAACCAGGCCCUGAGACCUGAGGAACCAGGGCCCUGAGACCUGAGGAACCAGGGCCCUGAGACCUGAGGAACCAGGCCCUGAGACCUGAGAGGAACCAGGGCCCUGAGACCUGAGGAACCAGGGCCCUGAGACCUGAGGAACCAGGCCCUGAGACCUGAGAGGAACCAGGGCCCUGAGACCUGAGGAACCAGGCCCUGAGACCUGAGAGGAACCAGGGCCCUGAGACCUGAGAGUAACCAGGGCCCUGAGACCUGAGAGGAACCAGGGCCCUGAGACCUGAGAGUAACCAGGGCCCAGCCACCUGACAUGUUGCUGAAAAACACACCAAAUGAUAACAGAAAGAUGCUAAAUGACCACAGAGAAACAUAAGCGUCUAAAGGAGACCCAAAAUAACUAUAAAGAGAUGCAAAAAAUUUAAAGAAUUCUGAGUGUAUAUUGAGUUUAAUCUCAUAAUCCUGACUUUAAAGACAAUUUAAACUUAGAAUCCUGAUUUUAAACUCAAUUUAAACUCAUAGUCUGACUUUAAACUCAUUUCCGCGUGCCAUCCCAUAAUAUAUUUCCAGGCUGUCAGUUAGUCACUCUGCUGGGAGAGGCCUCGGCUGUCCCAAAACCACACUCCCCGCGCAUGCGCACAACCGCGGGUGUUCACCACAUUGGAGCGUCGCUGCUGAACUCUCGGAAGUUAAGUUGCAGUGAUUUUAGCCCGACAGCUAGCAUCGUCCCACCGCAGAAAACUCGGCAAAACGCGACAAAAAAGUUAUUUUGUUCGGCAGCUGUUCCCGCGCAGCGACACUACCGGACACUACCGAUGGAUUCAAACCGUUUGUUGGUGUUUAAUCGGCGGGAACACGAACAUUAAAGCCUCGGAGAGAAGUUGUGAUUGUUGUUUUGGCGGAAAGAUGGAGGCGCUGCUAAUGCUAACCGCUACCUGCUAACUAACUGCUAACUGUUGUUGUGUUCACUGUGGUUUCACUCGGAGUUGCCCAAAACUUCCACUGAAGUCCGGAGAGUACCACCGCCCUGACUGUAGCUGCUGUUGAUGUCUACAGACCAACUAAAGAAUGAGCGUCCCUCAGACUCUGAGGAUGGGACCAGGGCUACCGGAGGCAGGAUCUAGACAUCAGAUGGUGCUCUGAAGAAGCCAUGGGUAGCUGCUUAAGCUGUCCAGAGAAAGAGUCAAUUCCAGAUAAUCAUCAAAGUAAAUUUAAGGUGAUAAACGUGGACGACGAUGGGAACGAGUUGGGAUCAGGUGUGAUGGAGCUGACCGAUGCUGAGCUCGUCCUCCACACUCAUCGCCGUGACGACGUGCGGUGGCCUUACCUGUGCUUACGGCGCUACGGCUACGACUCCAACCUGUUCUCGUUUGAGAGCGGACGCCGCUGCCAGACGGGUCAAGUUUCAGACUCAGCUUCACUAAGGGCCAGACAUCCUACAGCGUUGGGGUACUCGGUGCCCUCGGUUCCUAACGGUGUGUCCAGGAUCCCGUCUGUGGGCGAGGCCCCGUCUCACCCCUCCAGCCGCCACCCGUCGGUGGCCAGCACCCGUCUGCCCUCUGUGGGGGAGGAGUCCACCCACCCUCUGCUGGUGGCCGACGACGCGGUGCACACGUACGUGAACACUGUGGGUCUCCUGGAGGAGCAGCCGAGCCCGUUGACUGUGACCACGCCGCUGGAGAGCCCGGCCUCCGCAGUCUCAGUGUCCCCCGACCCCCACCUUCCCCCGCCAUCGCUGCGAAGCCGCCGCGACGCGCAGGUGCUGCUGGAGCGCGGGGUUCCGGCCGCCUUGGCCCCGCCGGUGCAGAGGCAGCUGAUGGAGCAGGAGAAGAGGCAGCAGGAGAACGGCGAGCCGCCACAGACCAGCGGCGAGCCGCCAGAGACCAACGGCCACGCCGAGGACGAUCAGGCGCCACCGCCGCAGCCCGAGGCCGCAGCGCCGCCGCCGCUCGCCAACGGCUCCACCACCUCCAAUCCCUCCGCGGCGCCGCGGCGCCACCGUCCGCCCCCCCUCACCCCCGACCUGCAGAAUGUCAACAACUCGGCCCAGCGGCGCACCGCCCUGCUGGACUACGAGAACCUGCCGGCGCUGCCGCCGGUGUGGGAGGCCAGGAAGGCGAGCGCCGAGGACGAGGAGAACGUAGCAGACGCCGCGCCAACGGCUACGGGCACGGGCGCCGCGCACCACUCCUACUCCCACCCGCUGUCCGCCGCGCUCGAGUCCUCGCACAACUACGUGAACACGGAGAACGUCACGGCGCCGCUCAGCGCGCACCGGCCCGACACAGCGCGGCGCCGCACGGACGCCGCCACCGUCUUCAACUUCGACUUCCGCCGGCUGCCGGCGCACGCCGAGCCGCCCAAAACGCUGAACUACAUCGAGGUGGAGAUGGACGCCGGCGCGGCGAACAGGGGCGCGUCCGACGGCAGCAACCCGCACACGCCGCGCACGCCCACCUCGCCGCUGCCGCCCAGCACGCCCACCCGGCGCACCGAGCUCUACGCCCUCAUCGACAUCGAGCGCACCGCCGCCAUGUCCAACCUGCAGAAGGCGCGGCCGCGGGACGACGGCACCUCGCGCAAGACGCGGCACAACAGCACGGAGCUGCCGACCAAAAGCACCGCGUGACACGCACCUGCCACUUCCUGUCAGAGAGGGGCGGGGCUUCUUUCUGCCACUUCCUGUCAGAGAGGGGCGGGGCUUCUUUCUGCCACUUCCUGUCAGAGAGGGGCGGGGCUUCUUUCUGCCACUUCCUGUCAGAGAGGGGCAGGGCUUCUUUCUGCCACUUCCUGUCAGAGAGGGGCGGGGCUUCUUUCUGCCACUUCCUGUC